UCCAUUUUGAUCAGAAAUCCCAGAGCUCCGAUUAGAAAUCCAAAAGGUAGAAGACGAAGCUCAAACUUCACCUGGCGUCACGGCCCAAACCCAAUCGGUCACCUACAUGCCCAGACCCAACGACGGAGCUCCGAGUGCCCAAAACAUAAUCCCCGGCGACGGAAUUGGACCGCUCGUAAUGAACGCCGUCGAGCAGGUGAUUGAGUACCUCGAUCUGUUUGGUUUUGAUGCAAUUUAUCAAUGCAAGGUAAUUGUUAAGCUUAAGUAUGCAGAUCUUGUUUCCAUACUUCCAACCAAUGUCAGUGUAGUAGUAUGGCCCAUUCAAAUCUGGAGAUUCAGUGUAAAUAUAUCAACCAUGAAUACACUGGAAGGUCCAACUUGUCUACUCUAUGCAGAGGAUGCCUUACGAACUAUGAGCUUACCUGAAGCAUAUACAGAGAUUGUCUUGAAUUUGCCAUAUAAGCUCUUCGGAAAAUGCACAAAGAGUCCGCUUAAUAUCACACUUGUGAGCGCAGCUGAAUUUGUACAAAGCCAUAGCAAAAAUUGGUUUCGGGAAAAGGAUAGCUCUCUGAUCUAGUUAUAGGCUAAAAUCAGUAGAUUUUUUUUUUAUCUCAUUAUUGUAUAUAUUUGUAUCAGGAGCGGUGUAUCUAAUUUGUCCAUCACUAUAAUCCAGACUAGCUUAUACUUGAAUAAAUUG